CUGAUCCUCCAGCAGCUCAGCGGCUCACAGACGAUGGCACUGGUCGACACGGAGCGCGCUGCGUCCGGCUGCGGGGGCCCGAGCUCCCCGUUCUCAGAGAUCAUCGAGCUGAACGUGGGGGGGCAGGUCUACGUGACCCGGCACAAAACUCUGAUCGCGGUGCCGGACUCGCUCCUGUGGACCAUGUUCAGCAAGAAGUCCCCCAAGGAGCUGGCGAAGGACAGCAAGGGGCGCUUCUUCCUGGACAGGGACGGCUUCUUGUUCCGGUACAUCCUCGACUACCUCCGAGACCUGAACCUGGUCCUCCCGGACUACUUCCCGGAGAAAAGCCGGCUGCAGAGGGAGGCGGACUUCUUCCUGCUGCGGGAGCUGUCCAAGCGCCUCAGCCCGCGCGUGAGUAAGGAGAACUCGAUGAGUGAGGAGAUCAUCCAGAGCGACACGGAGGACGGCGCGCCGCAGCCCGACGCGUCUUUACGCACGGUGUCUGUGAGCGGAGCCGUGCGCUCCCCGUCCCUGGACUCCAGGAGGUCCGGAUACAUCACCGUGGGAUACCGUGGCUCCUACACCAUCGGCAGAGACAUCCAAACUGACGCCAAGUUCAGGAGGGUGGCGCGCAUCACCGUCUGCGGGAAGACGUCCCUGGCGAAGGAGGUGUUCGGAGACACGCUGAACGAGAGCAGGGACCCGGACAGACCCCCGGAGAGGUACACCUCCCGCUACUACCUCAAGUAUAAUUUCUUGGAGCAGGCGUUUGACAAGCUGACAGAGGCUGGCUUCCACAUGGUGGCCUGCAGCUCCACGGGCACCUGCGCGUACACCAGCAACGAUCCAAGCGAGGACAAAAUCUGGACUAGCUACACUGAAUAUGUCUUCUGCCGGGAAUAACCCGCAGCAGCUCGGUCUUUUCACUUCAAUGUAAAUAUAUGUAGAACAAGCUAAAGGUGGAAUGUCUUUAAAAAAGUACAGAAAUGUGCUGAAAGGAAACUUCAGGGGGAGAUGAGACAAUUGGACUUU